AUGGUCCCCCUCUCUGACAUCACUGUGACCUCCUCCUGUUUCCCGGAUGGCAGCGCAUUGGCCGUCUGUUCGGUGAAAGGAUCAGAUCCUCGUUAUUCCUGGAGUUUGGAUGGAAGAUCCGUCUCCUCAGAUAGCUGGAUUACUCUUCCCCCUCCGGUCUCCGGAACCCUCCACUGUGAUGUCACCAAUCAGAUCAAUAAUCUAAGUAGAUCCAUCAACAUCUCCUGUGCAGUUCCGGUUUCAGAUCCAGUGCUGGAUGUGAAGUGUCUCCAGAAUGGCAGCGCUGAGAUCUCCUGCAGUGUGGAGAAGGGGAAUGACCCCUCCAUCUACCUGACUGUGAUUGGAGAAUUGGAGGUAUAUGAUGUCACCGGAUCAGAGCGGACAGUCCGUGUCACUGUGCCUCCUGUGUCACCACCCGAUUCCUGGAAUAUCAGCUGUUCAGCAAAGAACGACAUCAGUGAGAGAUCCACCAAUCAGACACAAGACGCUUGUCCAGGAAAAAUCCGGUCUUUGUUGGGUCACCUCCUGUCACCCAUUGCGGUCUUUGUUCUCUACACUGCCCUCCUCAUCUUUAUGGUCAAUGACCUGAGGAAGAUGAAGAAUGAGAAGAAUCUGAGUGAGAGGAGGAUGAGGAGAAGGGAUCAGGUGGAGAUGGAAAUGGAACCAACUUACUACAAUGACAGGAAUUGAAACAUCUCCCCAGAUUGUCAGCCGGGAAAUUGUAUGAGAACAAAGCACACAGUAUGUAAAGAAACUCCAACUGGUGACAAUUACAGGGCCACCAACUUCUCCAAUUUCAGCUGAUUCAGCAGGUAUUGGUUGAAAUUUGAGCCAUCUAGGGCCAGAUUAAGUCUCUGGCUCAAAGUUGACAAGUGACUCGAAGGAUUGGUGACCAUUGGUGGCUGUAUCUGAAUGUUUUCUGCUUUUAUUUGUGAUUAGUCGUAUUAUUGAACAGUUGCUUUUUUACUCUCUAUAUACAAUAUAUUAUUUUUUAAAUGCAGAUUUUGUUUCUUUUUAUCUGACAACCACCUUAGAAGAUACAGUAGAUCUUUAUUAUUGAUUAACAUCAGAGCAGCGCUCUAUGGGUAAAAGUCAUAAUACUUAUAAACCAUUGA